UAAUAACAAAAUGAAAUGGUGGAAGCAGCUAGAGAUCAGUUGUUAGACUAUUUCACAUGGCAACUUUAACUAUUCUCCGGUAUUCUCUGGUUUUUUAUGCAGCCCUUCUCAUCAUUCCCACAGUCUGCAGCCUGGGUUAUGAUCUGGGAAAGCCGAAAAAUCGUGUUCCCUUCUUCAUCUUUGGCGAUUCCCUCGUUGAUGCCGGAAACAACAACUACAUCAACACCAGCACUCUUUUCCAGGCAAAUUUCUGGCCAUAUGGAGAAACUUCAUUCCAGUAUCCUAGUGGGCGCUUCUCUGAUGGCCGCCUGUCUCCAGAUAUUAUCGCGGAGUAUGCAAACAUACCGUUCAUUCCACCGUUUCUACACCCCGGCGUUCAUCGGUUCAGUGACGGAGCAAACUUCGCGUCUGUUGGAGCUGGUGCUCUAGUUGAAACCUUUCGAGGACUGGUAAUAAACCUCAAUACGCAGCUGAGCUACUUUAAGAAGGUGGCAAUUGGGUUGAGAGAAGAACUGGGGGAUGGUGAAGCGGAGAAACUAUUCUCAAGAGCAGUUUACUUGAUUAGUAUCGGAGGCAACGAUUACAUGUUUCCUUUCCUGAACAACUCCAGCAUUCCAGAGUCUUCUCAGGCGCAAUACGUCGGCACAGUGAUUGGCAACCUGAGCAGUGUGAUACAAGAAAUAUACAAGAUUGGAGGCAGGAAAUUUGGUCUCAUCAGAAUGAGUCCAUUGGGAUGUGUGCCAGGUGUGAGAAUAACCAAACCAGAAAAUAAAGGAGCCUGCUUACAAGAAGCCUUGACACUUGCAGAGCUACACAACAAAGCUCUAUCGGAACUCCUCAGAAAGCUGGAGAUCCAGCUGCCAGAGUUCAAGUAUUCAAAUUACGAUUUCUAUACCUUCAUCGACCAACGAAUGAAGUACCCCUCAAAAUAUGGUUUCAAGGAAGGAGAAAAUGCAUGUUGUGGCACAGGACCCUUCAGAGGAGUGCCCAGCUGCGGUGGAAGAAGAACAGUGAAAGAAUAUCAGUUAUGUGAUAAUCCCAAUGACUAUGUGUUUUGGGAUGCUUUCCAUCUCACAGAUAAAGCAUACCAACAAAUGGCAGAGCAGAUGUGGAGCGGAACUAGUCCUGUUGUAGAGGGAAACUACAAUAUGAAGAGUUUCUUUGAGUGUGUUGCCCCAUAGCUCAUCUCUCUCUCUCUCUCUCUCCGGCCUCUAUCUCCAUGUUCAUGAUCAUCAAUAAAUGAAUUUCUUCCAAGUUCAGAUUACAUGUUACUGCCUCAUGACCAGCACUGUGACUUGAAUUGUUUAUUUUUACUGAACCGCUUCUUAAGCAAGCACAUAAAAGAUCAAAUCUCCAGUGAGUAAUAGCAACCUGGAGAAAGCCCAUAAUCAACCAAGUGAAGAAGAUGAGAACCAUUAAAAUAAACAGUCACUUAAUUA